GUGGUUCAAAAAGGACCUCCAAAGGAAAGGAAAAUAGAAAAUAGAGGAGAAAGGGGAGGAAUUUGAUGACCCAAUCUUGGUUCCCCAUUUGGUACCCACAUUCCUACCCGUUUCUGGUCGGCCACUCAGGAGCCUGAUUAAUGGAUCGGAAAAUGGGACCUACUUUGGGACCACAAAAAUCUUCAACAACAAGGCAGGUAGCGCGUGGGCGUUGGUACAUCAAUGUUAUUAUCUGAAUUAAUGAUUUAGUAUUACUAGUUCAUGAGCGAACAGUUAUUUCUAAUAUAAUCUAAAGAUUCAGGUAUUUCGACGAGCACUACCUGCCUUAUCAUCGGGUCCAUUAUAGAAAAGCUUCUUAUGCUGGUGAUUCUGAAUAGUUGCAAUGAGUUCAUUUACAGGUUGCCAAGUUUUCAUGUAUGGUUCGUUUUCCUUAAUAUUAUUUUACUGUAUGUGAUGUUUCAUUUGCAUAUUCUGUGCUCAGGUAUGCUAAGCCUCUGAAAGCUUGCUUGCUCAAAUGUUACAUUGUUUUGAUAAAUAUCUGACUGCUAAUUAUUCACAUUUAUGUUCUCGUAAGUCAUAAAGACCAUAAUCUUUUCCUCAAAUAAUGGAAUUCUCUAUAACAUGCUGAACAUUUAUACAUAAAUAAAAACAAUUGGUCUAUUUGCUCAUAUUUGUAUAUGGAUAAUACAAGUUAAAUGUUAAUAAGCAUUAAUGUGAAAUUGGUGGAUGUAAACAUAUUUGAAUGUAUGAUUAAAUUAUGUGCUGGUUGUCUAGAUAGAGUGUAAGUGUAGUGCUUGCAAUAUUUCAACAUUCUUAAUCUGCAUUUUGCUUUUCAGCAUGCAUUUCUUCUUUUAUUCCUCUAUAAUUCACUGGGUGUCCAGAUACCUCUUCUUGUGAUGCUUUAUAUUGCCAAUUUGAAAUUCUUAAUAUUAUCUUGAUGUACUAUAUUUCUCAUGCAUAAGGAGUUUUUGUGUUUUAGAAUUCCUGAUAGAACCUACAAUACUGAUGCAUGAGCUUUUGAAAUCCACAAAAAAUUCAAAUCUUCCAGGUGAAAUAAAUAAUUAUAGUUACCAUGUAACUGUAAAAUUCAGAUUGCUGUGUGAUUUGUAUUACAUGAAACGAAUCCUGAAAUCAAUAAAAAAUUUUGGAUAAAUCCUGAGUCUUUUGACUUGUUUUCAUCGUUUGAUGGUUAUAAUCAUACAUAUUUAGAAGCUACAAUGUUAAAGCAUCUUCUCAUUAUAAUCGAAUUGAGGUAUUUAUUUCCCUCGACAUGCUUGAGUCUAGUUUUCGACAUUUUACUAAUAAAUUAUCCUGUAUUUUUUUUUUGUAUUUCUACAGUAAGAAUAGAAAGAUACAUUUGAUUUUCAUGCCAUUUUCUGCCUAUGCAAUGCAAUUUAGUUACAAUUUGAGUAUCUGCUUAAAGGCUGCUCUCUGGUGGUGUUUGGUGUCAUUUCCAACAAUGUCCUCCUUCCAGAUAUUGGUGUUAUUCUUAAAUGUGUAUCUCUUGGUUUACUAGUCACAAAACAAUUGAUGUAGUGGAGCUUUUGGAUAAUGUCAAUUUACUUUCCCAUACACUGGAAGUGACUGUUUACAUUGACAUGUAGAAAUUUCUGGGUGAAUGCUAGGUUUCUUGUUUUGUUGAGGAAUUUGAGAAAACCAUGUUCUUCUCCCCCAGUAUAGAUUUUGAAUGCAGGAGAAAGUGCAUGCUAGUAUUGCAUCAACCAAGGUUCUGCACAUCCAUCUCCUGGAGAACAAAGUAUAAGAUGAUUCCCACAGCCCACAUGCAUGCAUUCUGCCUAUUCCAGCCUCUUUGUUCCUUCUUAUUAAUGUUAGUUUCCCUUGCAGGGCACUGAUGGCUGCUACUUGACUACUAGGUUUUCCAGAUUCCAUGCACUUACUCGCUACUUAUAGCUAGCUCAGGAACAUAAAAGCAGUUUCUCCUACCAGGAGAAUAUCAAGCUUUGUUGGAUGGAAAUGUAGCUCUCAAGACCCCAUGCACCAUGUCAUAUACAUACCAGGAGGAGCACACUUUUAUCCACAUGAACGCCAUGAUUGAUGACACCCCAGUUGUGAUGAUGAAUACCUUCCUUCUGAUCUACCUCGAAACAGACUAAAUUAUCCAUCACAGCGUGUUUUCAUAAUCCGAAGGCGCUGCAGACACUGAAGCUAAGCCUCAUGCAUGCUUGUCCAGUACAAUGCUAGCCUAGCAGCUGAAUUCUUAUUCCUUGAACACACCAGGUAACAGCACAACUUCAGUACCUGGCAAACAUGAUGAGAGAUGUAGGGUUUUAUCUGUCUGGGGAUCAUGCUUGCCAGGAGACCACCACCACAUUAAAAGACCAGAAAUCCUGGUCCAUGUUCUGAUGCACGCAAGUGUUGCAGCUCAGCAGUCCUUCCUAUAUGCCUAAUGAUAUGAUAAAAUACCUACUGCAACCAGUUCAGGAUAAAUGUGAUGUGUCAAACAGCACUUUCCUAUAUCUUCAUAUUAAAUUACGAUUAUGAAGCAAGGCAUUGUCCGGUAACAGUUGAUCUAACUUAAAACUAUGCCACUUGGUUAAGUCUUUGCUGGUUAUACCAGAAACCUGAAGAUGUUAUACUGAGGAAGACAAGAACAGUAGAUUUGCAUAUGCCAGUUGUUCUUAAUUAUAAUGAGUUCAGGUCACCUUAUUUUAUAUAUUGUGAAUUUUCAUAGCAUGUCCUUUUAGACUGGAAAGACAAAGAAAGAGAAAUGGUUCUCUCACCCACUUUGUUACAUGGUAUAGUGCUCACAGAUUUUAGGUGAUGAUUUCAUGAAUUUUUUAGCCACAGUUGGUGAGAAGAUGUAGGGGAAAGAAGUCAACCACAUUAAAUGGUUUGAGAAAUACUUACAAUGGAAUUUGGACACAUCAAGAGGGUGGGUGACCUGGUGUUUGACCAAAUGAGUGCCAACAGUGUUUCCCAAUAAAGUAGCAUCAUCAUAUUUAUAAUGAGAUAGCAGACAACUAAUCCUCCUAACAUUUCAAUUUAGAUGAUGAGUUCAAUGAUUCAGUUUUGUGUCCUGACAUUACUGACUUCAAUUUUGAGAAGGAAGUGAAACUAGUGGUCAAGAAUUCCACAUCACUUGAUCAGGGAGCCACCAAAAUAUUUCCCGAGAGAAGAAGAGAAAAAUUGGCAUACAACAGUUGUUGGAGUGGAGAGAAGCCCUGCCUUGCACCCUUUCUAUCACAUAGUGAAGUGGAUUGGGAUAAGCUAAAAGGAAAAGAAGAAGUUUGAAGGACAACCAGACUGGCAGACAUCUGACCACUGGAUAUGUUUCAAGUCUAUCUUGGAUUUCAAUCCAUCCCCUCAUCCUUUUGCUUGCAACUUUUGCUGGAUAAUCUCAUGCACUUCUCCUCUCCACCUAUUUAUUUUCUCUGGGGCCACAAAGUAGUGGAUUGAUCAGCUGCCAUUGGGGCCCAUAUGCCUGUUUUAUGCACAAGCCCCUCACCUGCUCCCAUCCCUUGCCAUUGCCUAUUAAUAGGCAAAGAAGUUGUAAAAGAGAGCAAGAAUGAGCACUUGAAACAGAGAGUGAGCUGUGGAGUGGAUCGGGACUGCUGGUCUCUCCCUUGUUUUAUUACUUCCAACAACUUGGUGCUAGUGCUGAUGGCUGUGGAGGUGGAAGAUGAUGUUUUCUUUGCAGAUCUUGCUAAGCAGAUUGCUCUGCUAAUUAUGGAUGAUGAGGAAGAGUUACCAGUGCACUGCCCUCAGCUUCCUGUUCAGGUGCUUCCUUGCAUGCCUCAAAUCAUCAUUCCACCACCGCAAAGCUAUCAGGUGGCUUACAGAAGGGAGAGCAAAGGAACAGGAGUCUUCAUCCCAUGCUCUACUGCACCAAGAAAGAAGAACAGGCCAAGGAGGCCCUCACCCUCUCCACCUGACAGUAACCCCCAUAGGCAGCUGGGCAAGUCUGCAGCUGUGGUUUCUCAUGUCACCGGCAACAAUCUCAUAUACAGCAAUCAUUACAGUAACUCAAGUGUGCUAAAGAAGCAGACACAGAAGUAUCAAAUGAUCUCUGGCUCAGACUAACUUCUCUACAAUGCCAUGGUACAAUGUGAAGCUAAAAAUAACGCUAUUCCAUCCGGUGAUCUACUAGUGAAGAAGGCUUAAAAUAAGCUUCCAGCCUCUUCAAUGAAUUGUAUAGUGCCUGAAACUGAUGGAGUGUAGCUUGGUGGAGUGCAGAGCAUGGCAAUGAUCAUGUUUUUGAGAUGCUGCUGUUGUGAUGAGGGUCUUCAGGACCUCCAGAACUGAUCAAAUCAACAGUGAUGUACCAAAAGCUAAUGAUGCACUCCCUUUUUAAUCCAAGUGUUGUGUUAGAGACAAGAAGACAUCAAAUGUGGUGUUCUACUUUAAGAUGUGUCAUUAUGUAUAGAACUCCUGUUCCCAUUUACACAAACAAAAUGAAACUUGUCCAUAUUGAUA